AUGGGAAAAUACAGACAUGAAUUUCCUGACGAAUUGCGUGUUUCUUGGCAAGUCUGCUAUUGUCAUAAAUAUGAAAUGUUCAAGAGCUUGGUCCAGAAAAGGCAUUCGCGCUAUUGUUAUCAGACCAACUACGAAAGCAACACAACGUCUAUAUUGGGUGCUAUCUCUGCCGCAGCUUUGAUAACAGUCGGCGUAAGGAACCCCAGGCUUGUCAAGAAGAGAAAGGCUGAAGGAUACAUAAGCUCAGGAACUGUAACGGGUCACUGCAUCAGUUUCUUAAAAAUUACGCUUGAUGAAAUGGACAAACAUCCACAUAUGAAAGGUCACUAUGUAGUGAUGGAUAAUGCACCUAUUCACACGCAUAAAAACAUAAAAAAGUACAUUAAGUAUCGAGGGUAUAAAUGUGUGUAUCUUAUCUACUCUCCCGAGCUUAAACCAAUUGUACAAUUCUGGGUCGUGGCAAAGAGUAGGGUAAAGCACCAUAAUGUUUUGCAGGAAGACACCUUAUCAAAAAUAAUUACUGAAGCCUGCAAAGAUGUGGAGAAAAGUCAUUUCAGAGGCUUCGUUUCACAUUCUUACAUGUGUUGGGAUAAAUGUCGAAAUAGAGAGCCCAUGUAA